GGAGUACAGAGUACUGCAUCCAACAACCAUGGUUAAUGGAAUAUCCAGGAACUGUCUCUCUCUCUGUGUGCAUGACUUACUGUUAUAUAACGAUCUCAGCCCCUUGGAAAUUGAACUCUGCAUCAAUCAUACAUUUAAAUUAAAAUAUACAUGGCAUCCUCUCUUUCCAUUAAUUCCGUUGCGCUGCUCAUCUCUGUUUUGUUCUACGGAAUCUAUUUGGAUACGGCGGUUGACUUUGUGGCGGCAUCUGAAUUAGAAGCUCAGGCUCUGCGGGAGAGUGGAUGGUGGUCGAGUAACAACAUGACCACCAAUAAUUCCUCCAAUCCAUGCAUGUGGUAUGGGAUUACUUGCAAUGACGAUGCAAGCGUGACAGAGAUCUCCUUGUCUUUCGUCUUUUUGGGAAGUACGUUGAACCUCAAUUUCGGAAGAACGUUGAACCUCAACUUUUCUUCCUUGACAAAUUUAACUUCUCUUGAUCUCAGACAAGCCGCAUUUCGGGGGAGCAUCCCGCGCGAGAUUGGUUUUUUAUCCAAACUCAAACACCUUGAUCUGUCCAACAAUGAUCUCACCGGUGAGUUCCCUUCUUCACUUGCAAAUCUCCACCAAUUGGAAUGGUUGGAUAUUUCUUUAAAUCUAAUCACUGGUUACAUCCCACGCAAGAUUGGUUUUUUAUCCAAACUCAAAUACCUUGAUCUGUCCAACAAUGAUCUCACCGGUGAGUUCCCUCCAUCACUUGCAAAUCUCGCCCUAUUGGAAAGGUUGGAUAUUUCUUCAAAUCAAAUCACUGGUUACAUCCCACACGAGAUAGGUGCUCUGUCGAAACUCGGCAGUCUCUCUCUAUCGUCCAAUAAUCUCACCGGUGAGUUCCCUCCUUCACUUACAAAUCUCACCGAAUUGGAAUUGUUGGAUAUUUCUUCAAAUCAAAUCACUGGUUACAUCCCACACGAGAUUGGUAUUUUAUCCAAACUCCAAUUCCUUUUUCUGUCCAACAAUAAUCUCACCGGUGAGUUCCCUCCUUCACUUACAAAUCUCACCGAAUUGAAAUGGUUGGAUAUUUCUUCAAAUCAAAUCACUGGUUACAUCCCACACGAGAUUGGUCUUUUAUCCCAACUCACAGACCUUCGUCUGUCCCAAAAUAAUCUCACCGGUGAGUUCCCUCAAUCACUUACAGGGCUCACCCAAUUGGAAUUGUUGGAUAUUUCUUCAAAUCAAAUUAGUGGUUUUAUACCGCCAGAAAUAGGGCUUAUGCAGGGUCUUGUCUUUUUAAACCUAAGUGAUAACAUGCUUCAUGGUCAAAUCCCUUCAACUAUUGGCUAUUUAACUAAUUUGCAAACUCUGUCCCUUGGUAGGAAUCAAAUCAACGGCACUAUUCCUGGAGAAUUAGCGAAUUUGAAGUCCGUAGAAUAUCUAAAUCUCGACAAUAACAAUCUCAAAGGCUCAAUUCCUAUUGGUCUAGGCAGUUGCAAAAACUUGAAGCACUUGUCAUUGAGCAACAACUCCUUAACAGGAAGCAUUCCCCCUCCAAUUGGCCUUUAUUUACUUUUGAUACAAUCUAUUGGCUUUAGUCACAACUUUCUCAGCGGAGAAAUCCCUUAUGAAUUUUGGAGUUUACCGUCUUUAAAUUUCUUGGAUCUCAGUUAUAAUAAUCUUACCGGAAAAAUUCCCGACGGUUAUUGGAGUCGUACCUCUUUCGCAUUAAUUGGCAACAAGGAUCUGUGUGGUAACUUCAAGGGUAUCCCUCCUUGCCUUGCGACCUCUCCGGCAAUUGUUUCGAGUGAAAAAUCAAACAGAAUAAUAAUUUUUGUUCCCAUCGCCAUCUUCUUCCUAAUUCUCUUUGUUACUGGGGUUUUACUCCUUUGUCGACGCAUGGUCAAGCAAACUAAACCAAAUUCGACAGAAAUAAAGAACGGGAACUUGUUCUCGGUAUGGAAUUUUGAUGGACACAUUGCAUAUGAAGACAUCCUUAAAGCAACCGAGGACUUCGAUAUUAGAUAUUGUAUCGGAACCGGUGGUUAUGGUAGUGUUUACAAAGCUGAAUUACCUGGCGGUAAAGUGGUUGCCUUGAAGAAACUUCAUCGAUUAGAGGCUGAGAACCCAACUUUUGAUAAGAGUUUUCAGAACGAGGUAAAGGUGCUGGCUAAGAUCCGACAUCGAAACAUUAUAAAGCUUCAUGGUUUUUGUUUACAUAAGCGAUGCAUGUUUUUGGUCUAUGAGUAUAUGGAAAGGGGAAGCCUAUUUUGUGUAUUAAGAGAUGAUACUGAAGCUUUGGAAUUGGAUUGGAAGAAGAGAGUGAACAUUAUCGAAUGCACAGCACAUGCCUUAUCUUACAUGCAUCAUGACUGCAUACCUGCAAUUGUUCAUCGAGAUAUAUCAAGCAACAAUAUCCUAUUGAACUCUAAAUUGGAGGCAUUUGUCUCUGACUUUGGCACUGCUAAACUCCUUCAUCUUGAUUCCUCUAAUCAAACGUUAGUUGUCGGAACUUACGGUUAUAUCGCCCCAGAACUGGCCUAUACCAUGGUGGUUACUGAAAAAUGCGAUGUUUAUAGCUUUGGAGUGAUGGCCUUGGAAAUAUUAAUGGGAAGACAUCCAGGAGAACUCUUGACUUCAUUAUCAUCAUUAGCAUAUCAAAAUGUGAUGUUACAUGAAAUAUUAGACCAACGGUUACCACCUCCAAAUCAUCGAGUUGCACAAGAUAUUUGCUUUGUUGCUACAAUAGCACUUGCAUGCCUACGCACCAAACCAAAAUCUCGGCCAACAAUGAAACGUGUGUCCCAAGAUUUUCUUUCUGGCAGGAAGCCUUCAGCUGAGCCCCUACAUGCAGUUUCACUCUUGCAUCUGAUUGGAGACAGUUAAAUUCAAUCAUGAAAUGCUUGUUGUAAGGCAGAGUGUCUUGUUGUUCGAUGAACUUACAUGUUGGGGUGUGUGUGUAUGUGUGAUAGUCUGUUUCUGUUGUCUGGUCGGUAGAUUUUAAUUUCAAACCAAUUUUGUUGUUUAGUUAAUGUUUUCUGCAAUCAUUUAAAUGCCAGCAAUUGUGAGCAAUUAAAAAUAUAGAUUUCAUUAUAGAGUAA